UUUCAAUCAACCACCAGUGUAAAAAUCGAAUUGAGAAAGCAAAUACCUCAACAAUAAGUUAUAAACCAUGGCUCUUUUGUUUCCAAUGAGCUCAGAACGCGACUAUUUCCGCCCUCAUUCGUUCUUGGAUGAGGACAUCUUCGGAUUCCCGCUGCUUCCUACACGUAAACGGAGGCUAACUCGAUCCAAAGCUCUGCCUCAAACCAAACGACCAUAUCCUACGGAUUGGAAAGAUUGCGGUGAUCAUUUUGAGGCCAAACUAACCGUCAAAGGAUUUCAUUCUGACGAUUUUCAUCUGGGUCUCAACAAUUCUUGUUCAAGAGUAACCAUUGUGGCCAAUAGCGAAGAGAAAAGCGAUGAUGGAGUGAUAUCCGCCAAGCGAUUCUCCAAAUCAUUGGAUCUACCCGAGGAUUGCAUCCCUGACAACCUCGAUUGGCAUUACAGCGGAGGAGUUCUUCAAAUGACAGUGCCGAAAUAUGCGCCUGAGAAAAGGAUGCGCUCAAAGGAUGUCGAUGAGACUCCCUUUGAGAUUAUUCCUAAAUUCAUGACCGGAGAUUUCAUGGGUUGUCUUAAGGACGAGGUGGAAAAGGAUUCGGAGGAUGAGUUCCAAUUGAAUGUAGAUGUGGGUGGGUUCAAACCCGAAGACCUUGAAGUGGAACUGAAUCCCAAUGGCGUGGUUAGCAUUUCGGGACAAUUUGAGGAUAAGAGUGAGGGACGCCACAUUUCCCGACAAAUACAUAAGUCGUUCACUCUGCCAAAGAAUUGUCGAAUGGAGGCCGUCAAAACUUGCCUUGAUAAAAGCGGAAAGUUGACCAUUACGGCACCUAAAGAAAGCACCAAGGUGCUCGACCAAGGACCUCGGAAAUUAGCCAUCAAUGUGGAUGCCAAUGAAGAUUAGAGUUUUACCGACCAUGAAUGUAUAUUGUGUUUGUGUAAUGUUGAACAAUUCUGUUGUAUAUACUCUAGACGUCAAAUGUAGUAUUGAAAACAUAUUUUUCCGCCAAUCUUUACAUGAUUAUAAAUAAAUUUUCAUUCAAUGUCA